AUGGCAUUCAUACUCGAGUUCACUGACGACAUCCGCCACAUCCCCGGAACUUCCAACUACGCUGCCGACGCCCUGUCGCGGCUUGACAUCGCCGCCGUUUCCACACAACCGUCCCGGGCGUCCGUUGACUUCGACGCCAUCGCCUUGGCACAGGCGACUGAUACCAAACUGCACGCCCUUCGCGACCAGCCAUCGGGCUCUCUUAAGUUCGCCCAGAGCCCCUUGCCAUCCACCACCACGCUACAUUGGUGCGACAUCUCUACCGGUUCGCCGCGACCCUUCGUGCCGUCCGAAUUCCGCCGCUGCGUCUUCGACUCAUUGCGCAACCUUUCGCACCCUGGCAUUCGGGCAUCACAGAAGUUGAUUCAAGAACGCUAUAUUUGGCCUGGCAUAAACCGCGAUGUCCGCCGUUGGACCCGCUCCUGCCUGUUCUGCCAACGGUCGAAAGUUCAUCGCCACACGGUUUCCCCACCCGGACUUUUCCUCACCCCGGAUGUGCGGUUCGACCGCGUUCACACUGAUAUUGUCGGCCCCCUUCCUCCGGUACAUAGCAAGCGCUACUUACUAACAUAUCGACCGCUUCACUCGCUGGCCGGAAGCCAUACCACUCGCCGACAUAACUGCAGAGUCCGUAGCCUCAGCCCUCCUCUCUGGCUGGAUUUCUCGGUUUGGCGUCCCGUCUUCCAUAACAACAGACCGAGGCCGACAAUUGGACUGCCACCUCUUCAGGGAGCUCUGCCACCUGCUCGGCACCGAGCACAUACGUACCACCGCCUACCACCCCGUCGCCAAUGGUAUAUUGAACGUCUGCACAGGCAACUCAAGGCAGCCCUCUGUGUCGCGAACGAUACGCGACCCUGGCUGGAUCGUCUUCCCCUUGUGCUCCUAGGCACCCGCUCGUCCCUGAAGACAGACCUGCGCUGCUCUUCAGCCGACCUCGUGUACGGCUCGCCCCUACGGCUGCCCGGAGCUUUCUUCACACCAGUCGAUUCGUCAGCUGUGCCCGACCCCUCCUCUUACCUCGACCGCCUACGUUCGAUAUUCCGCGACAUGGUCGCAACACCUCCUCGGACCCCUCGCCGUUCCCGCACAAUCUUCUGUAGCCCUGACCUCGACACAGCAACACAUGUUUUCGUCCGACGUGACACCCUUCGCGCACCACUCCAGCCACCAUAUGAUGGUCCCUUUAAGGUACUUCACCGUGCCGACAAAUACGUCGAGGUGCAGCUGCCCCGCGGUCCCGACACCAUUACCUUGGACCGGCUGAAGCCCGCCCACCUCGCGGACAUCGACGCACCCCUGCCGCCCACAACCCACCUUCCCUCCCCUGCUGCACUGCCCAUUGCUGCCAGCGGUCACCGACGCGCGCGUCCGCCAACACGCCACGUUCGCUGGACUUCACCUCUCGUUCAACCCUCCACAACCCGGACUACAGGACAGUCCCUCCGCUGCAGGGGGGAACCCUUGUAG